AUGGCAACCUUAAAUUUUAUAAACACCAACAAAUAUAUAAAUAAUAGUAACAAUAAUAAUAAUAAUAAUAAUGGAAUCAUAAAUUUUAUAUUUAAUUAUCCAACAGAAAUUAAUAAAAUUAUAGAAUCAAUUGAUACUAUGAUUCAAGUAUUUCCAAUGCUUAAAGAAUUACCACUUGCCAAACAAGUAGUAACCGAUACCAGAGAAAGAUCCAAGUUUGAUGAAAAGAUCGAUACAAUUAAAAAGAAUGCAAAUAAAGAUUUUAAUGAUUUUACAAAAUCAUAUAAUAGUCAAAACCAAUCACCCAAUAACAAUAAUAACUUUAUAAUAUUAUUAAAUAAAUAUAUAAAAUUUAGAGUUUUGAUAGAGUUUAAUAAUUCAUAUCAAAGAAAAUGUAUUAAGGAUUAUUUUGGGCCAUUUCCAGAGUCUAAAGUGCCGCUAUUAUUAGCUCUAAACGAUUUAAGUGCCUUUCAUAAUUCAGCUCCAUUGGGUUUUAACGAUCUAGUGUACCGUGACUAUACUGAUAGAUAUACCAAAAUGUUUUGUGACUUUCAUUUCAAAAAUCCAAAAACUGAUGAAUCUAUUCAAAUACCGGUUUUCAAAUUGGGUAAUCAAGAAAAUAUUUCAAGUGAAAUUUUAUCCUCAAUCAUUGAGUUUAAACAAUAUAUAAAAGAUAAUAUCAAACCAUUACCACAACUACAAUGUCGUGAACAGUUAACACCAGCACAAAAUAAUAAUAAUAAUAAUAAUAAUAACCAACAACAAUCACCAACCCUCUCUCCUUUAAUUGCCUCAACAACAUUCACUUCAACUUCAACUUCAACCUCAAACUCAACUUUAAGUGAUGUUGACAAUAAUAGUAUUAUUAAGUUUAUAUUUAAAUCACCAGAAAUUAAUGAUAUUGUAAACUCGGUUAAUCAAAUGAUCAAAGUGAAUUCAAAUUUGAAAAAUGAAUUGACUCAAAUAAAAGACCUAAUGAAUAGCAAAGAGGGACUAAAAGCAACAUCUAUCAAGAUUGAAACUAUAAAAAGAAAUGCUAUAAAGUAUAUUAAAGAAGAGACGGAACUAAAAGACAAGAAAUCAAUUAUCAAGAGUGAUUUAUUUAACAAAUAUAUUCAACUUCGAGUUAUGGUAGAGUUUAGUUUUAUGUAUCAGCGUAAACAACUUAGAGAACAGCCAGAUCACAGAGCACAAAUACCAUCAAUUCAAUCCAAACGUAUGAAUGAUUUAAGUAUCUUUCAUAAUUCAUUUCCAAUGUAUAUUUAUGAUUUAGUGAAAAGAGACUACAGUUCAAAUAAGUUUCAAAGAAUCUCAAGAAAUUUUACCUUUACUUUAAAUAGUCAGCAAAUCACUAUCCCAACUUUUAAAUUGCCACAAGAAGAUAUAUCUGAUAUUAUUCAAAAUCAAUUUAAUCAAGUUUAUCAGUUAAUACAAAUUUAUAAAAAAAAUAAAAAACAUCCAUAUAAUAGUAGUAAUUUUAAUAAUAACCAUAUUAAUAUUAAUAAUAACAAUAGCAAUAAUAAUAAAGUUAAAUCACCUCCAUUUAUUGUUAAAAAUAUUUGUGAACAACAAACAUAUUCAUUUGAUCACAAAUAUCUCACUUUUGGUAGCGAUGAAGAAGAUGAGGAUGAUAGUAAAUAUUAUGAAGAAAGAAUAAAUAAUUUUUAUAACGAAUGUGAAGAUGACGAAGAUGAUGAAGAUCAAAACUAUAUAGAGCAAAAUUCCAUAUCAUUAUCCAACUCAUUAAAUACCAAUUCUUCAAUCAAUAAUAGUAUUCCGAUCAAUAGUAAUAGUUGCAACAAUAAUAAUAACAAAAAUAAUAAUUUAAUUAUAGAAAUUUUAAAUCAAGUUUUUGAAUCACCAGAAGUGAUUAAAAUAACCAAUACAUUAAAUGAAAUGAUAGAAUUAUAUCCACAGUUUAAUAAUAGUUUAGUAUUUGCAAAAGAUAUAGUGUUGGGUAAUGAGGGUAACAAGGGAUUAGACGUAAAAAUUGAAAUCAUUAGAAAGAACGCACUCAAAGAUAUUCAAGAAGAGAUGGGCUACCUUGAUCAAAUAUUAUUCAAUAAAUAUAUAACAUUUAGGCUAUUGGUGGAGUUUAGCUGGAUGCAUCAAAGAAGGUGCUUAAGAGAUUUUAUUAAUAGUCAUACUCAGCGCGAUAAGAUUCAAGGUGUCACAAUAUCAAAAUUAUUUAAUGAUCUCUCAACAUUCCAUAAUAAAAUUCCAUUAUUUUUUUAUGAUUUGGUAAAUAGAGACUAUAGCAAAUUUGAUAUGGCCAAGGAGUAUCAAUUCAAACUUGACCAAUCAAAUGACAACGAACAAGUUACAAUACCACUUUUUAAACUAUCUCCCACCGAAGGAGAUAUUUCAACUGUAAUUCAUUCAAUAUUUAACGAAAUUCAAACUCUAUCAAACUCAAUCAAAUAUAGUAAGAAAUACAGCAAUAGUAAAUCGAAAAUUAAUAAUUUAAACUCAUUGAAAGAAAAUGAUUCAUUAUUAAAUCUUUUUAAACAACUCUUUGACUAUUCAAAUUUUAACAAGAAUGAAGAUUUUUUUUCUACUCUGUUUAAUUUAAAAAAGCAAUAUCCAAAGUAUAGCGUUGAUAUAAAGUCAAUCAAAGAUCAGGCUUUAAAUAAAAAUUGUAAAGGAGACUUUUAUGAUUUAUUAAAGAGAUCCCAAUUAAUUAGACAAAAGAUUCAAAAAGAUAUAGAUGAAGUUAUGCCAAAUAUUAGAUCCAUUCGAGAUGAUACUAGCAGACCACUCAUUUAUAAUGAAUUAUUAAAUAGAAUAUCAUUGUAUCAUUUUAUUAUAGAAUACGCUCAUUUUAAUCAGAAAUUUCAAUUAAGAGAAAGUUUAGAACAAAUUAAAUCAAGCCCCGAGGCUAUCCACGAAAUUGUAGAAAGAUUAAAAGGACUUCACCAAAAUGCUACUAUGGACCUAUACAAAUUUGAACACUUACUCGUAGAUAGACUUCAAUUAGAAAAAUACUUUUAUCAAGAGUCAACAUAUACUUUGAUCGAUGGUAAAAAAGUUACUCUCAAAUUAAUGGAGUUCUCAAAUGAACCAAUUACAACAUUUAUAUUAUACUUUUUCAAGCAGGCUCAAGAAUAUAUUCAUGGCUUGAAGAUUGGUAUAUUAAAAACAAUUUUUAAGUCUUUGGAUCAAAACUCUAUCAACUUUCAAAUCAAUGAAAUGAUGAGGCUAUUUCCCAAAUAUAUCAACAGUCUUAUAGUCAUCAAAGAAACUGUUGCAUCAAAUCAGAAAGAAAUAGAAUCUAUUAUCGAGGUCUUAAAGAAACCAUUAUCAGUGACCUCAACCCUAUCUUUUGAUAUAAAACCAAAGCUAUCAAUAUUGCAUCCUUUAUAUUCAUCUUUUAGGUUACUCUUAGAAUUUAAUCAUGCUUACCAACGAAAAUGUUUAAAAGAACUCAUUGGAGAUAAAAUUGAUAAAAAACAAUUACUAUCAAAGCUUUUAAUUCAACUAGAUAGUUUCCACAAUAGUUUAUCGUUUGAAUUCAACGAUAUUAUAAAGAAAGAUUAUGAUGGCCAUACCAAAGAUAUCCUCAAACCAUUCGAAUUUUCAUUAAAUGGUAAAAAGCAAAUCCCAAUUCCAUACUUUAAAUUAUCAACAGUAGAAGAUUUAUCAAAUAUUAUCAAAGAAUUACUAAACGAAAUUAUAAAUACAGUUUAUGAUACUAGCGCAAUUAAAUCAAAUAUAAAAAGUGAAAGUAAUCAAUCUUAUAAUAAUAAUAAUAAUAAUAGUAAAAAAUUAAAUGAAGACGAGCACCCACAACCAAAAUCAUCAGGAAAUUCCUAUGCGUCUAUUGUAUCAUCACCACUACUCCAACCACAAUAUACCCCAUCCUCUAUACCAUCACCUCCACUUCUAAAUCAACAUCAAUAUCAAAUUCAAAACCAAAACCAAGAUCAACAUCAAAAUCAUCAAGAUCAUCAAGAUCAUCAAGAUCAAGAUCAACAUCAACACCAACAACUAAAGAAUAAAUCAAAUUGUUCCACAAACAAUUCUAUGGUUGAUGUUGUCGGCGUAAUAUUAAAGUUUAUAUUUGAUUAUUCAAACUUUGGUGAUGAGGAAAAAAUAUUUUCAGCUCUAAUGGAAAUGAGAACUAAAUAUGUUAAAUACCGUGGUAGUUUAUUAGAUAUAAGAGAGAAUUUUAUAUACGAUAAAGAUUAUUUUAGGGGGUUAAAAGAAAGAGUCGAUAUUGUUAAAAGAAAUAUCGAGGAACAACUAACCCAUCAUUUAAAGUCCAAUGGCAAAGAUUCAAACAGUAUAAUGGAAUUUAAACCGAUCUUUAAGUUGUUUAUGUCAUUCAGAGUCUUGGUCGAGUAUAAUAAUUUCUACCAAAGAAUUCAAAUUAAAGAACGUUUAGACAACAUCGAUUCAUCAGCAUCACCUGAAACUUAUAACUUAGCAAUUAAGAUAUUACAUGAUUUAACUAAGAUGCAUUACCAAGACACUGGUAAUGAAGUUGUUCAGUUGUUAAACGGUACGUUAUUCAACUCUCCAAUUUUCGAUGCUGAAUUCCAUUAUAGUUUGGAUAGCACCAAGCAACUUACCUCUAGAGAAUUUAAAUUUGGUGGAGAACCAAUUUCAAGUUAUUAUAAAUUGUUUAGCAACCAAACUUUAAAUUUAUUAAUGAAUGAAACAAACGGCCAAUACUUUACCGAAACUAAAGAUAAAGUUAGCAAUGAAAAUGAUGGCUCUGGUAAUCAUUUUAUACCCGACAAACAAACCGAUUCAGUUUGUAGUAAUAAUGUUUGCGUUGAGCAACAAAUUUCCCCCUCAAAGAUUUCGGCAACAAGAGAAGAGAACGAAAAGCUUUUAGAGGAAAUUAGAAAACUACAAGAAGAUAUCAAUAACUUAAAAAUGCAACACCAAAACCAAGACCAUCAAGAUAAUGAAGAGGAUCAACCAUUACCAACAUCUUUUCAACAACCCGAUAUAACCAACAACAGCAACAAUCAAAACAUAUUAAAGCAAAUAUUUCAAUCGAUAAGCGAUACAAAUGGACUACAUGAAUCAAUUAAUCAAAUGAUUUACCUGUACCCACAAUAUGCAUCAUCAUUGAAUUUAAUGAAAGAUUUAUUAAACUCCACCAACUUUAAUAUCAAAAUCGAUACAAUUAAAAUGAAUGCAAUUAGAGAAUUUAAACUGUUAAUUAAACUAAAUAAUAAUAAUGGUUUUGAUGAUACCGAUGAACAAUCGAUUACAUCCGAUAUUUUAUUCAAUCUAUAUGUAUCAUUUAGAGUUAUGUUUGAGUUUAGCUAUAUCCAUCAAAAAAAACUAUUAGAAACCUAUAUAUCAAAUAAUAGUUUAUAUUUUAGAAAUAAUGGUAUCCAAGAUGACCAACUAUUACAGAAAAUAACCUAUCAGCUAAUGGUAUUUCACAACUCUCAACCUGUUCAACUCAAAGAUUUAAUUCAAAGGGAAUAUUCCUGUCAGGUUGUCAAAGAAUUUUACUUUAAUUUCAAUGGCCAAGUUGUUGUCUCUGAUAAUGAUGAUGGAUCAUCAUUAUUUUCAAUUCAAACAUUUAAACUAUUUUCCGAUAAUAAUUUAAAUCAUCUUUCAAACAAUGAUGAUGAUGAUAUUUCAAUAGUAACCAAACAACUAUUAUUUGAAAUUCAAUCAUUAUCAAAAUCCUAUAAUAUUAUUGAUAAUAAUAAUAAUAAUAUCAAUAAUAACUAAUUUAUAAUUUUAUAAAUUUUUUUUUUGAAUAUAAAAUAAAUAAUUUAGAAAAAUAAUAUUCUUUUUUAAAAAACUAAAAAUAAAAUUUUUAUUUUUAUUUUAUCCU